UGAGCCAGUCCCGUCGUAUUCCACAUUUGUCAUCGUAUCAAUGGCGACCCCGUGUCGGACUCAUCCUCCACCGCUGCCACCGGUGAAGUGAAGUCAAGCAAGUAAUUUCCAGAACCAUCCGAAAAGACGCUCUUCGCUCCCCCCGACAUUGCAUACCUCCACACCGUAAUCACAACCCAUGAAGACUAACCCAGAACUCCCCGGACCCGUCGGCCGGGCCGAGCUCAAAUCUGGCGACCCGGCAGUUACCGGAGGUGCUCGGCGGAAAGCCGGAAAGGCCGUUUUAUACGUGAUACUGCCAUUGGUGCUCUUUGCGUCAUUCAUCCGAUUAUUUCCUGUCCAUUCAGUAUGCAUUGGGAAGUUCCGCCCUACCAAACCCAAGACCAUCGACGAACGUGUCGAGCAGAUCUUACGCCAUACCCCCUUGAUCGACGGACACAAUGACCUGGCCAUCUUUAUCCGGGCAUUCUACAACAACCACAUCUACAAUGAGACCUUCAGCGAGCCAUUUGCCCAGGGCGGUCUCCCCGGCCACGUCGACAUCCCCCGCCUCCAAGCCGGCAUGAACGGCGGCGCCUUCUGGAGCGUCUUCUGGCCUUGCCCAGUCAACGGAACCGACUUCUCAGACGAGAACUACCACUCCACCGUCCAACAAACCCUCCAACAAAUCGACCUCCUCGCCCGGCUCCGACACUCCCACCCCUCGGUCUUCUCCCCACCCACGCUCACCAGCACCGAAGCCCUCCACCGCUUCCGCCACUCCCAACACAACAACCACCACCACCACCACCACGGACACCCCCAGCUAAUCAGCCCCCUCGGCAUCGAAGGCCUGCACCAGAUCGGCAACUCGGCCGCCGUGCUCCGGCAGUUCCACGCGCUGGGCGUGCGGUACGCGACGCUGACGCACAACUGCGGCAACCGCUUCGCCGACGCCGCCCUGCACGAGCGCCCGCUGCGCCGCGCGGCGCCCUUUUGGGGAGGGCUCAGCCCUGCCGGCCGCCGUCUGGUCCGCGAGAUGAAUCGGCUGGGGAUGAUUGUGGAUUUGGCGCAUACUAGUGUGGAUACGAUGCUGGAUGUGCUCGGUGGUGGUGGUGGUGGUGGUGAGGGGUGGGAGGGGAGUGGUGAUGGUGGUGGUGGUGGUGGUGGUGGUGACGACGGUGAGGGGUGGGAGGGGAGUGAGGCGCCGGUGGUGUUUAGCCAUUCUAGUGCGUACGCGCUGUGUCCGCACCCGAGGAACGUGCCGGAUGAGGUGCUGGAUUUGGUGGGGAGGAAGCGGGGGUUGGUGAUGGUGAACUUUAACCCGGAUUUCAUCUCGUGCGUGGAGGCGCCCGACCGGGACGACGGGCUGCCGGAAUUUUAUGCCAAGAACGCGACGCUGCAGCAGGUGGCGAGGCACGUUUUGUAUAUCGGGGAGCGGAUCGGGUUUGAUCAUGUUGGGUUGGGGAGCGACUUCGCGGGGAUUGUACACGUCCCGGAGGGUUUGGAGGACGUGUCCAAGUUUCCGGACUUGGUUGCCGAGUUGCUGAGGCAGGGAGUGAGUGAUCGGGACGCCGCUAAGGUGGUUGGAGGAAAUAUGCUCCGGGUUUGGGGGGAGGUUGAAGCUGUCGCGCAGGAGAUGCAGAAAAGGGGUGAGCCCGUGUUGGAAGACGAGUUGCCCAGUCUUUGGUCACCAGGGUAUCGGGGCACGGAGAAGGAGUUGUGAGCCACAUAGGCCCGCUCCAGACCGGCGAUUGUUGACCAAAGGGUUCCUCUGGCCCGGUAUGCAUAGUUAUUCCGUAUUGUACAUAGAAACACACGCCGGUGCGCCGUUGCUCAGUCGGCAUGACCACGAGUCGUCUAUCGACCUCAAUGCGCCCGCGAACCCCGAAUCUCCU